UUAAGACCGGAUCUUGGCCAUUUUGGAUCCUAUAAAUUGCACCGGUGAAAAUUUUUGGGCAUCAGUCUCAAAGAAACCGUUGAGAUAAAAUCAAUCAUCAUGUUCACUAAAGUGUUGCUCGUCUGCGCCGUCGCCGCCGUAGCCGCGGCCAUCGAGUACCCUAAAGGCCUCCAUCCCGCUAUAUGCCCCAACUACCCGUACUGCGACGCGGAAGUCCUGGCGCGCCACACGCCCGACGGCAUGCCUAUUCCUGAGUGGGAGAUGCCGUUCGCGUACGCACGCAUGGUUUAUGCUGCACCAAUCCCCGUUGCCCGUGUUCUUGCUCCUGUCCGUGCUCUUGCUCCUGCUCCUGCCCUUGCACCUGCAAAAGCUCCCGAGUACCCCGCCGACGUUGACCCAGCUUCGUGCCCGAACUACCCCUACUGCGCAUAAUUUUACUGUGUCAUUGCACUUCCUUAGCUGAUAUCUCCUAAUUGGAUGUGAGCAUUGUGUACAGUCAUAGUGAGACUAAUCUGAUGAUGUCACGUCCCAAAAAUCAAUAAACGGUAAAAAAAUA